CUCAUCAAAGUGAAAUGUUACAUCUGAUGUUUGUUUGACGGUGAGCGCGUGUACACAAAUGAAUGGUCAUGUCGGCGAGAGUAAAGCGCGCGAGCGCCAGUAAACACUGGGGUGGGGCGAGUGUGCGCUCGGGUAGUGUAUAACGGUAACGUUACGUGAUUACGCCCUAAACACCUCAACGCAGCGAGCAGGACGCACGGAGAGCACUGAUGGGAUGCUGUCUUUGUCUCAUGGAUGUCUUUUCUUUCUGUAAACGUGGAACUUUCUGUGCUCGGAAUGGUGCUUUCUGCUGCGCGCGAGAGCACUUUUCAGGGACUCAUCAUGAGAACUGGUGAAGGGAACUCACCGCGGGAACCUCGUUCACUUUCAUACUGCAGCCUAAACAAAUCGUGAGCGGGGGAGAAGGAAAAAGUUGCAUUUCUAUUUUUUGAGGGGGAAAUAUGGGAUUUGGCAACUUUUAAAUAACUUUUUUUUAAGGAGCUCUGUCGUUCUCGCGCGCGCUCGGGGUGAAGUUCGGCGAUGCCUUCUCUGCACCAUGGCGCCGUCUUCAUUGGCGUCUUUCUCAUCGUCACCGGCGGCUCGACCGCCUUCCUCACGUCCAACCAGAGCAGACUGCAGGCGUUCAGCCUGUGCUGCGUGGUCCUAGGCGCAGUUAUGCUCAUCCUUGGCCUAUUCUGGGCCAUGAACAGUAAAAGCCACCAGGGCUCCUACACGAACGAAUACACGCACGACUACGGGCACGUGCUGUUCAGCCCGCCGCCCGGGAACCACUUCCCGGAGUCCCAGUCUGUCUUCUUGCACAGAUCUAUGGAAAGGCAGAGACGAGGCCUGUACGGAGACGAUUUUGACUACCCUCCAAUGGAGCCGACGUGUUUCAGCCCAGCUCCUCGAGGUCCACCGCUCCACUGGGAGAUGGAACCUCCACCUCCAUACGAAGUGGCCAUCAAAACUACGUGCAGCUCCACGAACAUGCGACGAAGUUACUCGGACACACUGUUGCCCACCGAGCCGCUCUUCAGUCGCUCCCGUGAGAUCAGCUUUGAAGUGUAAGGCUUUGUGCUGUGAACGUGCCAUUAGGCAGCGACUGUUCACUGCAGCCAACAACUAGCAUGGAGCAUGGCUCGCCCAGGGAUCCUUUACUAUUGAAGCUGUUGUUGUUUUUGUGUACAAUAAGAUCCAUUCUGAAUGUGGUCAAAAGCGAAAUUAUUUAACCUUAUGAAAUGGUAUUGCCCCUAGGAGUGUUUAGUAUCUGCUGUUUAGUGCUAUGUGGUAUUUCUUUUGUUAUCAUACUCAGAAGCUGUAGUAACUGCUGAUGGAUUAAUGCCUAAUCUCUGUCAGUA